GAUGCCACAGUGAUCCACUAGACUGACGUCUCUCCCGUAGCGCAGACGAAGCCCGCAGCCCGGUUAUUGUACAGACUUCAGUACAGCCAAGCAGUCGACAGUCUCUCCUGCAGAGGGACAGAGAACGGAAAAAGAACUUCAUCAACGACGAGCUGUAGCUUUCCAGCAUGUUCCACCUUCGGCAAUCUCCGUUUAAACACACUCGCCCAGCAAUUGUUUGAUUUUGCUGGCAAUUUCUUUUGGAACCGUUCGCCUUUUACCCCCUUUCGGCUGAUGUAAAAAAAGCAACCUUUCUAUCUUGGAAUGAUGUGGACCUCUCAUGAUACUGUUGGAUUUGUUUUCUUAGCCGGAUUUUGCGUGCAAUUUGGAUCCUCCUUGGAAGGUCACUUCACGGAUCUGCCCUCUAACAUGACGGUUAAAGAGGGACAAAACAUAGAAAUGGCGUGUGCUUUCCAAAGCACGACCCUGUCGGUGUAUUUGGAGAUCCAGUGGUGGUUCGUGAAAGCACCGGAACCCACUGACAGCGAGGAGGAGGUCGAUGCUGAAGAGAUGGAGAUGAUACCAGAGCCUGAUCCUUAUGACGAGGGGACAAAAAUAAGUACAGUGAAAGUCCAGGGCAACGACAUCUCACACAAGCUGCAGAUCUCCAGAGUCAGCAAGAAUGACGAAGGACAGUAUGAGUGCCGGGUGACACGAGCUAACUACGGAGAGAUUGUGGAGUAUAGAGCCCAAGCCUGGCUGAAAGUCAAUGCCACAGCCAGACCACGACGACCUCUGCUGCCUCCCAAGAAAAGCUCCCCGCUGCACCUGACAGACAAGAAACCGAGAAAGUCCAGCUCAUCUCUGGGCCAGGACAGCAUGAGUUCAGACCAGCGAGUGGCCUCAACCUCCACCUCCCACACAUCCUCCAAUACAGCUAAACACAACCCCGCCUCAGGUACAAGAAUAUCAUCCAACUGUGGGCUGGCUGUCCUCGUUCUGGCAUGUGGUCUGGUGAGGGAUGCCUUGUUAUAAUUUGAAGAACUGAAAUGGUUUGCGCCCUGAUCUCGCCCCUCCCUUCCCCCAUACUCACAUAUACAGAUACAAACACAAACAAAACACAUACACACACACACACACACACACACACACACACACUCACACAGACACACACACACACACACACACACACACACACAUGCGGACAGCAAAGUUGGCCCUCAUUACCCCGCCACUACUGCUCUUGCACCCAGCACAUUGUUAUUAGCCACUGUAAACACCAGUCACCUUUAAGCCAGUUGGAUUACCUUUUGUACAGAUGUCGCCACGGCACCAACGCUCCGGUGUGAAAACGGACUCUGUAUCUUGUUGGAUAACUCUCAUGGAAGACUGACUUUCUUAUGGUUUCGCUGUUCCAGUAAAAAUGUGUUCAUUGCUCAAAAGUGAACAAGAAAAAAGGAGAAUCUAUAUUUGUGUAAUAGAUAUGAUUCUAGAUAUAUAUAUCUGUUUUAUUUUAAAAUCCUAUUAAAUACUGUAUGUGCUGUAUACAUAGCUGAAACUCACCGUAUUGGCCAUGGAACUUCAUUGUGAAUAGGCACUAUGGCCCUCUCAAAUAAUCAAAAGAAACUAAAGUACAUGCUAAUUUAGACUGUUGUUAACAUUGACCAUAAGGUUAAAAAGGUGAAUUCUUUUUCAGCUGUAUUGGCCAUCUAAAUGUUCUUAUGCAUCAUGUUACAUCUUGUUAGUGAUACAUAUACCGCUGUGCAUGCGUUUUGGUCUGACGGCAAGAGGGAAACAAAACUAAAUUGAGCUACACUAGUCAUCACUUGGAGUUCCGUAUGUCAAAUUUAGUUGUUUUCUUUUGUGCUAGCUUUGGUGUAAAAUAAAAAUAUGUCCCUUGUUA